ACCCGUAGAUUUACGGUAAAACAGACGUGUAUCUUUGCGUCAAACGGAAACAGUUCUACAUAACAUCUGAAACAUGAAUAGUACUACAAACCGUCGCUCGUUGGAAAUUUGUCGCAUCGGUAUUAUUUUCUAAUGAAUUCAAACUUGGAAAAGCAACAACAAUAUCCAGAGAUGAAUAACGAGACAGGGAGCAUCUCUAUCGACCAGGGAGGAGAGUGGGAUGUAAGCCUGUUUGAUGAGUUGGACAACCUGGGAGAUGCAGAUGAACUGUUUCAAGCUUUGUAUAGUACUGGUUAUGCCAGUGAGGGUCCACAUCUGGACUUUGACAUUGAUAUACCUCCAUGGAAUAUUAUGGACACAAGCAGCAUCUGCACAGGUACAACAUUACAUGAUGAUGGUGAAGUGAGCGUGGGCUCUCAGUCACCUGCCCACACUCUGAGCUCUGUCCCGUCUCCUUCUUCUGUGGAAGUUCUGUCCCCUUACUCCCUGCACGAUGAGGCCCUGUCACCACAGUCACAGCACUCACCUGUUUCAGUCUGCUCAGAGUCCAGUGGCUUUUCUGAAAUCUCUUCCCCAACCAAAACGGGUCAAAAGAGAACCAACCAGACAACACGAGCCAAACCAACUCAGGCUGUCAAGAGGCCGAUUCAGACGGGCCCCAAAGUUUCCAUCCAGCCCAAACCGCUUAUCACAGCUGUGCCAUUAGCAUCAGCAGCCGCUCCCCUUCAGGCUAAGACAAUCAUCAUCCAGCCCCUGCAGACCACUUUGCUGCCUGUGGUCAAACCAGCUCCAAUCAACAUCCAACCAGCGCCCCCUCCAGGUCGUGCUAUAGUGCUUUCUCAGCCAAGCCAAGUGCUACAGAUCCAAACACCACAGGCCAUCACCAGCAAUGUGGUCACCAUGUCAACACUCAGUCAUGACAGGCCUGUCCCAGUUCCUGUCGCGGCGCCACCAUUAGUCUCUGUCACACUUCGAACCUCUUCCUCAGAUGAUGAUUCGAAGUUAUCCCAGAGACAGCAGCGCAUGAUUAAGAAUCGCGAGUCAGCAUCUCUGUCUCGGAAGAAGAAGAAAGAGUAUCUGCUUUCGCUGGAGGCCCGCCUGAAAUUAGCUUUGUCCGAGAAUGAGGCACUCAAGUGUGAGAAUGGCAACCUCAAAAGGCAGCUGGAGGGUCUGCUGUGCGAGAGCACAAUACUAAAAGCAACAGCGCCCAAGAGGAGAGCUGUGUGUCUCAUGGCGGUUUUGGUCUUCAUUGUGCUAAAUGUUGGACCAACAAGUUUGUUUCAGGGUGGUCCAGGCUCCAAGCUUGAAGUUGUUUCCACGCAGCACAGCGGCAGACACCUGCUGGGUUUCUCUCCAGAGGCAAACACUGAGGUCGUGAUGGGCCCUGAGCCCCUCGACAGCAGCCCCUCUAAGAUGGUCGACAGCUCCGAGGAUAAGGCCUUGAUGGUGGUGAAAGAUCCCAUCUUUCUCAGACCUCCCCCACCCUGCCAGCCUCCUGUUAACAGGACCAAGUGUAUAGAGUUGGCCCAUGAGUUGAGGGGUUGGGUUCACCGCCAUGAAGUGCAGCAGACCAAAUCCAGGCGCAUGAGUAACAACAAUCACAAACCCACUAGGACCAUUCUGAAAACAGAGAAUAAGGAGGCUGCCCAGAUUGUGACGGUCCAGUACACAGAAACUACUCAGGAAAAGAAUCCUGGCAAUGAGUUACAGGUGUACUAUGCACCUCAUAACACCUACACUGACUUCUUUGAUGAGCUCAACCGUCGUGGCGACACUUUCUACGUGGUGUCUUUCCGCAGGGAUCAUCUUCUACUUCCUGCCACCAGUCACAAUAAAGGAAGUCCACCGAAGAUGUCUUUGGUGUUGCCUGCAAUGAACAUAAAUGAGAGCGUCAUCAGGGACAAAGAUUUUCAGGUGAUGAUGCAGAUCGACUGUGAAGUAACGGAUACCAGGAUCCUGCACAUCAGGUCUUCCUCAAUUCCUCCUUUGUUCCGGGUCAACCACACAGACGUGUUUUACCAGCACUCCCCGACCAACAGCCAGGCCACGCCUCCUGUUGGUGUGCUGAUGGGGUCUGCCUAAAAUUACCCAUCAGCACCCACUUUAUUUCUUAACCACUCAACAAAACCCAUGAACGUUGAUGAAUAAUAUCAUGAAGCUGGUGUGAUCUCCCUGACAUAAUAAUACAAAAUAGAUAUGAAUGUUUUCUGUAGAAACCCAACCAUUAGCCACAGUCUUUCAUAGCAAUGACACCCAGAAGUCGCCUGUAACGGGGUCCAAGCAGAUGCGAGUUCCAUGUGUGGUGAGACCGACUUCACCCUUUGACCCUAGACAUCCCACAGAAGGGUAACUGCUUAGUGGCAGGACACAGAGCAUUGAACGUGGGAUCUUCCCAGUCUAACAAACAAAACCACAUAGCAGCUCUUCCCUCCCUGAAACUCGGGACAGAGCCAAUAAAACCAAUUGAUAUAAACUUAAGAUACUUAAAAGACAGAAGUCUUUGUAUCUCAACUAAAAACAGUGUGCUGUAGUCAGCUAAAAAAAAAGAAAAGGAAAUUGUAUUUGUGAAACAAUAAGAUGCUAGAUUAAUUACAUGUGGCACCAGAGGAAAUCGAUAAACUCAGGAAAGGUAAGUGAUCAGUGAGCACAAACCACUAUUUUCUGGUUUCGAGUGCUGUUUUUUUCAAGUAUAAAUGAUGUUUUUAUGGUUGUCAUUGCACUGUGCAUUGCUUAUAAAAGAACUCAUAUAUAUAUAGAUAUAUAUAUUCUGUAUGUUUAUUAUUAUGUCACAGGAAUUUUGUGGUGUGAUGCAAUUUGCUUUCUGCUGUUAAAAUGUUUUCUGCCUUUGUUUUCCUCAUCUGUCUUGUUUUGUUUUGGGAACUUUUUAUUGUGACUGACCACAGAAAAUUGACGGGCAUAUCAAAUAUGAAAUAUUAAACGGUGGAAAAAGGAAUUUACAAUAAAUGUUAGGAGAGUUCUAGUAUCAACUUUCAAACUAAUUUGAAAUUUCCACUAAAAAGCUAGUGGUUAUUAUAAAUAAUAAAUGAAUUGCACUUUGAUAUGGUCCACUUAAAGCUGUAAAAUUGUAUCUUGGACAUUCUUUGUUUAAGUCCUGUGUGCAGUAGUGAUAGAUUUUAGUUCAAAUUAGUUAACAUGUGCACUGUAAAUGCAGAACCUGGUAAGUUCUGAUUAAAAUGCCUUAUUUCAAUGUGUCCUUUUUUACCUAUAAUUUGGGAAUUUUUAAAUUAGAAAUAAUGUCAUCAGAUUUAGUCACUUUGUCUGUGAUGACACAACAUACUAACUAUACCACUGUGAGUGAAAGUGGAUUUCUUUCAGGAACACAGUUGUACAGAAGGUUGUUUUAACGCUACAAAAAAACCACAUGCACCUAACACAUGUGAUGUUAAGAGCCAAACGUUUUCGUUUACUUUUUUCUCCCCAUGGUUUUAAAAAUAAAUUUGAUUUCCCUCAUUGUUUUCACUGCAUCCCAACAAGACUUGCGGUCAAGGCAACAGAACAAAUAUAAACAUGUGUGGGGUUCUUUUUGUAUUCUGUGUAAUAAACACUGGAUUUUCUCUAA